AUGGAUCAAUACGGUACUCCAGGUGUGGUUAACACUACCACUGCAGCUCCUACUACAGCUGCAAUUCCUACUAAACCUGGGAUCAACAUGAAUCAUCCUUACUAUCUUGCCCCUUCAGAUUCACCUGGUAUGACCAUUGUCAACUCCAUCUUUGAUAGAAGAGGACUUCCAGGGUGGAGAAGAGGAGUAUUGAUAGUUUUAUCUGCAAAAAAGAAAUUUGAAUUCAUUAAUGGAAUAUGUAAAGCACCAGAUCUGAAUGCAACUGACUAUGAACAGUGGAGUUGUUUUAAUGACAUGGUGAUAUCAUGGUUGCUCAAUUUUUUAUCAAGGGAGGUUGGGGAUAGUGUGAUCUAUUCCAAGAAGGCCAAAGAAUUAUGGGAUAGCUUAGAGCACAGGUUUGGUAGAUCUAAUGGUGCUAAGCUAUAUCAUUUACAAAAGGAGAUCUUAGAACUAGUUCAGGGAACUAACGACAUAGCAGGAUAUUUUACUAGGCUAAAGAGACUUUGGGAUGAAUUAGAGUCUCUUAAUCAUACUAUUUGCUGCACUUGUGAGUGUACAUGUCAAGGAAAAGAAAAGCUGGAAAAGUCCUUAGAAGAUCAGAAGUUAAUCAAGUUUCUAAUGGGUCUUAAUGAUGCAUAUGCAUAG